UCAAAACUGCGAUUUCCCACCGUUCAAGCCCCUCGUAGGUGACGGGGGCCGCGCCACGGACGCUACUAUAUGGAUUAACACGGGCUGAGAGGAGGUAAAAGUUACCGUGUCGCCGGCAGCAGUCAUUCGGAGGAAGCUAACUAGCUAGCCGUAGCUGUCGACCAGGUCUACGGGUUUAAGCUCUACCAGCCCCGCAGAGGAGUGACGUCCCCCCCCUCCGCGUGCCCCGGCCGGUUCACGGACAGCGUGAAAUGGCAGAGCCGAGGAAAGUGCCGUUUGUCACCAUUUCGUCCUUCAACACCUCGCCGUCAGUCCCGGAGUCAAGCAAGAAACGCCGCCGCGAAGAUGAGGCCGUCGACAUCACUUUUGGGAAAGACGGAGGUGGUGGUGGUGGUGGUGGUGGAGGAAGCGCAGCGGCCACCGGGUCAGGAGGAGGAGGAAGUCUGCUCGGUAACACGAAAGGAGGCGACGCCGCCGAGAGCGUGGAGGCGAAGCCCACCGUCCGCCUCAACCUGCCUCUCAGCGAGCCCAGCGAGAGGGGCUCCUCCGAGUUCAGCUACAGCGAGCUGGUCAACUCAACUCUUUCUCAGGUAAAGCAUGCAAGUUCAACAGUCCCUAAAGGACUCGCGCCUCCCCUGGACCCCAACGACCCUUUUGCUGACGACGAGAAGGAGAGACGGGAGGUAGAGGCGAUGGCGAAGAAAUUUGAGAGCAAAUACGGAGGUAGCGUAAAGAAGAAGAAAAAGGACAGGAUGCAGGAUCUCAUUGACAUCGGCUACGGUUACGACGAGACUGACCCCUUUAUAGACAAUUCAGAAGCUUAUGAUGAGCUGGUACCGGCCUCUCUCACCACAAAACAUGGAGGCUUCUACAUCAACACUGGCACACUGCAGUUCAGAGCAGCAUCUGACUCAGAAGGCGAGGGUGCCAGCGCGGAGAAUAAUCACUUCAAGAAAAUGAAAGACGGCGAAGAACGGGUGAUUAAAAAACGUCGGAAAAAGCAGGACGGUGGAAUUCUGGAAGACAAGAAACCCAGGAAGAAUAAAGUACCAAAGCCCGGAGUUUCAGCCAUGAAUGUCCACCGACCAGAAAAGAAAAAGAGGAAGAAGCUCAUGAAGGAUUCCCUCCACCUGGCCAACAUGUUGCGCCGCUUCACCCGGGAGAAGGAGGAGAUGCGGAAGAGGAACAUAGCCGCCGGUCUGCAGCGUCCCGCCGCCGGUCUGCAGCGACCCAACGCCAAAGUGCCCAGCGCCAACAGCGCGCUCCUCAACACCCACGCCAAGGCAACCACCGCCGGCAGCGAAUGCACCAUGGCCGACCUGACCUCCGACCCGGCUGUGAUGUCGCUGCUGGGGUCGGCCAACAACGACAUGUUGCAGGACAUGAUGGGCGACCUGGACUUCGCUAUGCUGGACUCUCCUCAGCCUUCCAGUCCGGCGCAGGGGGAGAACGGCUCCUUCGGUAUGGGACAGAAGUCGGGCGCAGGUCGCGUGUCGCAGGGUAACCUGUUGCCCCCUCCUCCCCUGCCCAGCGGACUCCCAGGACCACUCACAAAACGCAUCGAAGACCUGAGAGCGGCGUCCCGUCUGUUUGACGAAGAGGGCAGGAAGAAAUUCUUCACGUUGGACAUGAACAACAUCCUACUGGAUAUUGAGUUGCAGGUUCAGGAGCAGCCGAUGGAGGUGCGUUCAGCCGUCUACUGUCAUCUGGAGGCCUUCGUGCCUUGCAAUAAAGAAGCGCUGCUCAAACGCCUUAAGAAGCUCAGCCUCAACAUACAGGAUGACCGUCUUCGAACGCCUCUUCUCAAGCUGAAGCUGGCCGUGUGCAGCGUGAUGCCGGAGCAGAUAGCCCGAUACAACAUGGACUGUAUCGCUAAGGUGGCAAAGCAGCAGUCUGAGGAGGGAGAGAAGAAUGGUUCAGAGGAUGAUGACGAGGAGAAACCAGGGAAGAGGGUGAUGGGACCUCGGAAGAAGUUUGUCUGGGAUGACAAACUCAGGUCACUGCUGUGUAACUUGGUGCGGGUGAAGCUGACCUGCUACGAGCUGGAGGGCAAGAACUCGCUGUCUCUAGAAGACUACCUCAAAGCCUUUAUGGAGACUGAAGUGAAACCUCUCUGGCCUAAAGGCUGGAUGCAGGCCAGGAUGCUGUUCAAAGAGAGCAUCAUGGCUCACGGUCACCUCACAGGCUACACAGCGAAGAAGAAGAUGGUUCCUACUCCCAAGGCCAAGCCAAAGGAGGCUGUGUGGGUUCAGCGGCCCACUCCUUCAGCAGGCGCCACUCCGUCCCCUGCUGCCCAGGUUGCCAAGCGACCACCUCAGUCACCGUCUGAGCCCAUAUGUCUCGAUUCCCUCGACGAGGAUCUGACGGCUCCCUCCCUGGACUCCAUCUCCCAGGCCCUGGCCAUCCUUGGCAACGCGGCCAAGGGCCUGGCCCAAGGGGACAACCCCCCAUCCCCAGAAGGAUCCAACACGGCCACCCCGGCCCCCUCUCUCCACCCCUCGCCUCUCAUCCAGCAGCAGAAAAAGAACUCUGUCAGCACGCCCAGCACACCUCACUACAUCUCUACCUCUUCGUCUUCCUCCACCUCUCUGUCUCGGCCUUCCUCCAUCACGUCGUCCCCUCUAUCCUCGGUGAGGGUGGACGGGAUGGGGGUCCUUAAAGGCACGGCGCAGGUGCACAGACACUCAGUGUUAAACACUCACAGACCCAUGGGUGUGGCUAAAGUCAACAUGCCUGCCUCAACCUUGGCAUCCAAGCCACGCCCGCCACCUACCGCGUCUCCGCUCGUGCCCCCCGGAUCAAAGAUGGGGGUCUCCACUACCCCAUCCGGCCUCCUCAAAGGAAGCAGCAAUAAUAACAAAGCCAACAGCGGCGACACUCUCAUCAUCACAUCGCCUCAGUCUCGGCCACACAUGCUCCAAUCGGGCGUGCACAUGACCCCCAAAACCUUCCAGGCGGCCCGUCUGACACAGACCCCGCAAAGCAAAUCCUCCACCUCCCUCUCUCAGUCGCUCACUGUAGUCCAGCCCCAGCAGCAGUCCAACUUCAUCACCCCCAUGCACGCCACCCUCACCAAGUCCACCCACAGCAGCAUCCCGCCCAUCGUCAAACUCACCCCGCGCACCCCCAACCCCAUCGUCACGGCCACCACCUCGCCUUCCAUCUCCCAAAGCCCCAGGUCUCAGGCAACCCCCACCAUCCACCAGUACUCCGCCAAAAGCCCAGCAGGGUUCCGCCCGCCGUUCUCAGGUGCCCAAGGAGGAGCAACCAAGCCGGGGCAAGGCAGCUACACUCCUCCGGGCGGCCAGAAGACCCCGAGCAACAACAGCACCACCAACACCAGCCUUAUUAACACCUCAUCCAUCAGCAAACAUUCAGGAUCCAGUGCCUGCCUCACAACGGCCUCUGUCAACGCAGGCCAGCGUCAGAGGCCGGGGGGUGGGACACCUCAGGGGGCCAAGCCCAUCGCAUCUGUCCCAUCGCCAUCCGUCUCUUCUCAGUUGCCACAGGUUUCCACGGCAGGUAGCAGCAGUCUGCUCGGCUCGGCUCCGUCUCUUCCCCUUGGCUUCGGGAUGCUGGGGGGCCUCGUGCCCGUAUCGCUGCCCUUCCAGUUCCCCCCGCUGCUAAACCUGCCCCCGCUGGGCACGGCGGGCUCCAGCACAGCGGCCAGCGGCUCCGUGGCCAGUAGCAACGCAACGUUCUCCACCCUGACCCAGAAUCUGUAUAAGAGUCUCCAGUCAGGGUCUCAGGUUGCUGUGCCUCCUCACUUGCAGCUCGCUUUCUCAGAUGUCAGUCAAAGCCAGGGAGGAGACGCUAAGAGGAAGACUCUAUGAUACAGCUGGAUCUCAACACCCAGUGGACGCCGUCUAAUGACAUGAUGAGAUGUCAGGGACAAAUCAGGACGGAGCAUGGCUUUUGAGUGACAGAUGGACAGACCACUCAUAUUCGAGGCCUGACAGAAGGACUGGAUUUACACUUCAGAUGUUUGGUCCGAGAGGAUCAGAUCAACUCGAUCAUGAAUACCAGUUCAAUAUAACUUUUUAAAAAACAAAACAAUUUGAUAACUUUUAAAUACUAUUCAUAGAAUUGUUAAAUGACAAACAGCUUGUCAAUGUUUACAAGAUAGACCUAUAUCACUGUGGGCAGGGGGAAGGAAUGAGUGAGAUAUUUUUAGGUGAGUGAGUGAGCGAGCUUGUGUGUGUGUGUGUGUGUGUGAGGGUCUGAAUGCGUUUGGUUGGAUGUAUUCUUUGGUGGGACUGAAAGUGUGCCUUUUGUAUGUCUCCCUCUCUGAUGCAUGGUCAGUGUGUCUAUUUGGUGCUGUUUUUAUUAUAAUGUAAUUAUCACUGAUACCUGUAAGAAAUGUAAACUGCAAAUAGUUGAUUUGAGCUUUUUUUUUUUUUUCCAAUGGGAGCUGUACACUUUUUCAUUGUACAUGAAUUCUUGAGCGAAUUCUUUUCUGUAUAGAACUCAAUACUUUUAAUUAAAAUUUUGUCUUCACAAGGUCA